CAACGGGCUUUUGUUUAGGUUACCUCACAGCCUUGCGAUAUUUAAGUAAACAAUAUGAAUACCUAGCUUAGGAUAAUUUUGUAGGUUCUUUUCUGCAAAUUAAUCUGGAACGAGACUUUCCAGGCAGACAACGAUGCCAGAUUAUGGACUCUUAGAAGUCUGUUCUCCGGAACAGGCGAAUAUUCAUGUGAUCCUAAUUCAUGGGCCUAACGGCGGUCGAUCUAGUACCUGGACGAACAAGAAAAGCCCAAUUCUGGCCUAACUGGAUUGGCGAAGAAAUCGCUGGAGCUCGUGUUUGGGUAUAUGGUUACAAUGCUAAUGUCUGGUUCGACGGAAGCCAUGAUUAUAUUGUCGCACAUGCUACAGAGUUGCUCAGCACCUUGAGAAGAGCCAAGAUGGGAUGGGAGAGGAAUAAACCCAUCCCGACCGUCCUAGUUGGCCAUAGCCUCGGGGGCAUUCUAAUUAAACAGGCCAUGUUACUGGCGAAUUCCCCAGGAAAGGAAUACUCAUAUCUAUUCGACGCCGUCGUAGCAGUUGCCUUUUGUGGAACACCGCAUCGCGGUUCCGUUUGGGCUAACCGUCUUUUUGGCCUUUUCGUUUGGGAAAAGGCUCCACACCUCGUGAACCUCCUGAGACGAGGCACGCCUUACUCACUGAUGGUCAUCGCUGAUAAGUUUAACAAUAUAUGGCGCGACAAACCUGUCGUGACAUUUGUCGAAACGAAAGGUGUGCACUUGCUCGGUAAAGUACCUAGAUCGUCCAGCCUAGCGAUGCCGUCACAAACUGCGCCGGGGAGGUAGUUCACGAGAUAGAGAAGAACCAUAGCGCCUUGGUCAAGCCAGAUAACCCAACCGACAAAAUUUUCUCUACCUACUCUAAAAACGGCACUAGAAAGCUUUCGAUAUUCAACACCCCGUCUAGACGGUUAUCCUCAUAUCCCGGAAAAGUCAAGCACGCUAUCUAAUGUAAAUAAUUCAACCAGCGUCCCAUCCACUAG